UCACAAAGUUGCCAAGACUGGGCUCAAACUUUUGAUUUUCCUGCAUCAGCCUCCCAGAGUUGCAGGGAUUACAGGUACCACCACAUGCAGCUUUGGUAUUUCGAACUGUAUAGAUGCACAGGUCCCCCAAGGACCAUGGAAGGAGUACCCCCUCCCUCUACUAGGUAGCUCUGAACCAAGAUACAACCUGAGGCCAUGGUCAGAUACAACCUGAGGCUACUUUCUUUUGAGGUGCGGAGUUUUCCCCUAGGGGCAGCCCCAGGCCUUUGGCUUCUGUCUGGCCCAAGUCCCCUGUGCUGGGCAGGGCCGCUUCUCUCACCUCCCAGGUGGCGAGAGGGAAGUCUCCCGGGAGCCCAGAGCCCUGUGGCCACUCUGUGAGCCUCGGCCCAUUCUUGGCUGGCACCAGUGUUCUGAGAGACCUCGACUUCUGGAAGCCGCUCAAUCCCAGCCUCAGGCUGCCCUCCCUCAGGCGCCCAUGAGCCAUGGGUUGGGCCCGAGCCUCCCUUCUCCUGUGGGCCUGGGCCACUCUUGAGGCCUUUGAGGUCAUGGAGAAGGAGAACAUCUUCCAGAAGACGCCCUGCCCUGCCUUCCUGAUGUUCGACAACGCUGCCUACCUGGCUGACAUGAGCUUUGAGCUGCCUUGCCACUGCAAGCCCGAGCAGGUGCCCGCAGUGGUCUGGUUCCACCAGAAGCACCUGGGCAGCGGCCACACCCAGGUGCUCACAGACUUCGACGGGCGGCUGCUGUCGGAGGCGGCACAGGUGCGCACGGGCAGCGAUGUGCUGGCCCGCUUCGGCAUCCGCAUGUUCAGCCUGCUGGUGCACCGCGCACAGCCGGAGGACUCUGGCCUGUAUUUUUGCGGCACCCGCCAGGGCGACUACUUCUACGCCUAUGAUGUGGAUGUCCAGAGCAGCGAGGGGCUGGUGGCCACCUUUGAGGACAGGGGCCAGGAGCCCUCUGUGGACGAGCGGCACGGAGGCCUCCGCAUCUUCACCACCUUCUGGGAGUGGACGCCGUGUGACCGCUGUGGGGUGCGCGGGGAGCAGUGGCGCCUGGGGCUGUGCUACCUGCAGAGCCCGGACCUCCCGCCACGCUACCACACGACGCCACCUGGCGUGGUGUCCUGUGGCUCUAGGGCUGUGCCCAGGAGGUAUCGUGCCAUGGCCCUGGCCCAUGCCCCCGAGUUGCUGGUGCGAAGUUGCCAGGUCCCAUGCAUCAACCGGAGCCGGGUCCGCGAGGGCGUGCUCGCACUCUACAGCUACGUGGCCCGGCGGGGCAGCAAGCCCUGGCUUCCCCGGGUGCCCAUCCAGUUCCACCAGCAGAGACUGGGCCACGGGCUCGUCCUCUCCUGUCCCGGGGCCCGGCCGGAGCAUGCGGUGGCCUGGGACAAGGACCGCCAGCCCCUGUACCACACUCAGUACCUAAAGGCUGCUGGCCGGUCCCCGCGGGUGUUCAUCGACCACGGCCACCAGCUGCACAUCCGCUCCGCCCAGCCGAGCGACCGAGGCACCUACUACUGCUGGCGCCAGGGUGCGCGGGUGGCCGGCAUCCGGCUGGGUGUGUUGUCCCGGGGGCGCCAGCCAGCCUCGCUCUCAGACCCUGAGACCCGCUCUGCCCUGCAGCUCGCCCUGCUCGGCUACCUGCUCCUCACGGCCGUCUUCGUCACCGUCCACCUCUGCCGAUGCUGCUGCUCCUCGUUCCUCUGUUGUCCCGACUGGGGCCCCUAGGUCCCCUGCCCCAGGCUCUGCAGACCCCGUGCUCCUCAGCGUGCUGGUGCCCGGACCCCGUGUCUCUGGCGGGCGCCUGGGCCGGGGUGGUGUGUGGGACGUGGGGGUGCUCAGUCACCACCUGCUCCCCAGGUUCGUGGUCUGCAGCCGAUCUGGGCCCUGGGCCACUCUUGAGGCCUUUGAGGUCAUGGAGAAGGCUGGAAGGGGCAUAGCCAGCACACAUGUCCCUGUGUCAUGCUCAGCCCCAAGAAGGGGACAUAAACGAAUACUCUGCAGUG